AGUACAGAAAGGCCAGAGAGCUGGGAAGAAACGGGAACAAGACACCAACCAUGAACUCCGGCCAGUCUGGGGGUUGCCCAUGCCAGGGCUCUGCCGGCCGCCCAGCUAUUCUGUAUGCACUGCUGAGCCCCAGCCUCAGGUCCAGGCCCAUGGCACCGGCAUCUCGCAGCCACUGUCUGUGCCAGCAGCAUCGGCCUGUUCAUCUGUGUGCCCCACACCGCACCUGCCGGGAGGCUCUGGAUGUCCUAGCCAAGACAGUGGCAUUCCUCCGGAACCUGCCGUCCUUCUGCCACCUGCCCCGCGAGGAUCAGCGUCGGCUGCUGGGGGGCUGCUGGGGCCCUCUCUUCCUGCUUGGGUUGGCCCAAGAUACUGUGACCUUUGAGGUGGCUGAGGCUCCGGUGCCCAGUAUACUUAAACAAAUCCUACUGGAGGAACCCAGCAGCAGUACCCAGGGUACCCAGCAACCAGACCGGCCACAACCCUCACUGGCUGCUGUGCGGUGGCUCCAGCGUUGUCUGGAGUCUUUCUGGAGCCUUGAACUGGGUCCCAAGGAGUAUGCCUAUUUGAAAGGAACCAUUCUCUUCAACCCAGAUGUGCCAGGCCUCCAUGCCUCCUGCCACAUCGCCCACCUGCAACAGGAGGCUCACUGGGCCUUGUGCGAAGUCCUGGAGCCCUGGUACCCAGUUAGCCAAGGCCGCCUGGCCCGAAUCCUCCUCAUGGCCUCCACUCUCAAGAACAUUCCCUGCAGCCUGCUGGUGGACCUCUUUUUCCGCCCUAUCAUCGGAGAUGUUGACAUCACUGAACUGCUCGAAGACAUGCUUUUGCUGCGGUGACCUGCAGAGUGGGGUCCGGAGCUUCCAAAGGGGAGGAGCUCAACUCCCCAGAUGUAGCCCUCACUUCAGCCACAGCCCCAGUUUGGACUUCCUUGGCUUGGACACAAUGUGCUACUAACUGCCUAAUAGGCCCUUGGUAGCCCCCCAAAACUUCUGGGCCAGGGCCAGGGAUGGGAGCAUGAAUAAGGCUGUAAUACAUCAAGCCAGAACUCCUCCUGACUUUGUAUAGAACUAAACUAAGUUAUUGAUUUUUGUAAUAAAAGGUGUGACCAACUGA